GAGUCUAAGACACUUUAUAAAUAGGAAGCCCAGUGAGGCUUUUGAAGGCAUUACUACUUCCUGAUUUGUUCUAUCUACUUCGCAUAUUGGGAAAAAAUGAAAAUUAUGCAUUUUUUGCUUAUAAGUCUUUUGGCUUUUGUCUUCUGGGAUCAGAGUCAGACCAAUGCAGCCUCCAAUGGGGCUGGGAGGAGGCCUCCAAUGGGAUGGAACAGUUGGAAUCAUUUUGGAUGUUCGGUUGAUGAAAAUAUUGUUCGUGGAACAGCUGAUGCUCUACUCUCCACAGGGUUAUCCAGGGUUGGAUAUGAAUAUGUAAAUAUAGAUGAUUGUUGGGCUGAGCAAAACAGAGAUGCUCAGGGCAAUCUGGUUGCUAAAGCUUCAAAAUUUCCUUCAGGGAUCAAGGCUUUGGCAGAUUAUGUUCACUCUAAGGGUCUCAAACUUGGAAUAUAUUCUGAUGCUGGAUCUUAUACAUGCAGCAAAACAAUGCCAGGUUCCCUUGGACAUGAGCAACAAGAUGCCAACACAUUUGCUUCAUGGGGAAUUGACUACUUGAAAUAUGAUAACUGCUUCAAUGGUGGCAUUGAAGCUCGGAAGAGGUACCCAACAAUGAGUGAAGCACUCAUGAAAUCAGGCCGUCCUAUAUUCUAUUCAAUGUGUGAAUGGGGUGAACAAAAUCCUGCUACAUGGGCACCUAAUAUUGCAAACAGCUGGAGAACUACAGGAGACAUACAGGACAACUGGGACAGUAUUACAUCUAGAGCUGACCAGAACAAUCAGUGGGCUGCUUAUGCAGGUCCUGGUGGAUGGAAUGACCCAGACAUGUUGGAGGUUGGAAACGGUGGGAUGACAAUCGAGGAAUAUAGGUCACAUUUCAGUAUAUGGGCUUUAAUGAAGGCACCCUUGUUGAUCGGUUGUGAUGUUAGGACAGCCAGCCAGGAAAUUACACAGAUAGUGGGCAACAAAGAAGUCAUUAAUGUCAAUCAAGAUUUAUUAGGUGUUCAGGGGACGAAAGUCAGCCAGCAAGGAAAUCUUGAGGUGUGGGCUGGGCCACUGACCAACAAAAGAGUGGCUGUAAUCUUGUGGAACAGAAGUAGUUCAACAGCUUCUAUCACUGCUCAAUGGCAAAAUAUUGAUCUUUCCUCUAAUGUUGUUGUUCAAGCCAGAGACUUGUGGGCUCACAGAAACCUUCCAACAAGGUUACAAGGCAGUCUCACAUCAAAUGUUGAGCCGCAUGCCUGCAAGAUGUAUAUCUUAACACCACUCUAUGGUUAAACUCAACAUCCAAAAUCCUGAGAAAUAUUAUUCUAUAUAAUCUUAGGUCCAAGUUUAAAAAUAUUAAUGUUGUGGUCAAGCCAUAACCAUAUUAUUUGAAUACAAACCAGCCUACAGAGCGAGAAGGUUCUCAUUCAUGUCAACUGUAUUUACAUGGUAAUUAUUCCAACCCAAAAUAAAUAAUGGCAUGCCAGUGUACCAAGUUGGCGAUGGACUUGCAGUGUAAGAAAGUCCAAGCAUAUCACAUAAGGAGAAAAUGUAUCAUUAGAUGAGAGACUUAAAUAAGUGUAAUAAAGUUUUUCAUCAUUUUAUUGAA